GAGCACAACAUCUCCAGAUCGGUCGCUGAAGUGGCUGUCAGGAGAGAUAGUAAAUUGCGCCUCUGGGCUGAGUGUGUGCGGUGUUGUGAUAACCCCUGAAACGGUGACAGCAGGGAGGUCCAGGAAGACGUCACAGAGGGGAAGUGUGGACUGCCGUUCAUAAACAUCGCCGACCUGGGACGGCGAGUAUUGUUUACUGACUCCAGUCUCUGGGCAGCAGCGAGUCUCACGGGUCCUGGGGGCAGGAUAUUGCAUUGGCGAGAGAGGGGCUCUUGGUCACUUGAGCACACGCAGUUGCACAAGGUGGGGACAGACGCUCGACCUGUGGGACCUGUGGAAACCCGCAGGCAGCUGUUUCUGAGGAAACUGGUUGAAUCAGCCCAGCAGUCAUGUACGACAGCAGCUACUCCAGAGCGAAGUUCGGCCUGGAGGCUAAGGACAUCCACAAGGCGAAGAGCAGGAGCUGCAGCUACUACAUGAAGAUCAUCCUGUUCUUCUCCUCCCUGGUCCAGUCGCUCAUCAUCGUCGGGCUGGUGCUGUUCAUGGUCUACGGCAAGCCACACAAGACCGCGGAGGAGCUGAGGGUGGAGGACCUGGAACACAACCUGGAGCGGCUCAGUGUGGACAACCUGGCACAGAAGAAGAGGAGCCACAACCUCACCCUGCAGCUGAACGUGAGCAUGACCAACAACAAUCACAAGGAGCUGGAGCUGAGAAGAGCUCGAUACAUAGCCAACAACAGCGCCAUAUCGAUCAAGACUCUGAACCAGAGAUUAACGGCUUGUGAAGCUCAGAGAAAACUGGAUACUCAGUCUAUCUCUACUGCUCGGUGCCAACCACAGACCCCCUCUCUGGGUAGACCUUAUGACGCGGAGAAAUACGCCCUCACAAGAGAGAGGGACUAUCUGAAAAACACGCUCGACGUGGUGAAGACCAACUUCACCAUCUCGAUGCAGGCCGUCAAGAACGACCUGGACAGCACCAAGAAGGAGAAGGAUCUUCUGCGCCAGGAGACCAUCAACCUGCGGCGCGAGAAGACCGACAUGCAGAAGGAGCUGGAGAUGUUCAAGAAGAAGUGCAAGGAGGACUUUGUGCAGUCGCUGACGGGCAUCCGCGAGGUGACCAACACCUUCCUGCAGAAGAUCAACAGCCUGAACCCCCAGGCCCUCUCCUUCGCUCUCACCUGCGACAAGCAGCAGGAGCAGCUGAACCGGAUCCGCUCCAACUGCUCCGGCCUGUCCAGGGACAUCGAGAACAAGUUCCAGGCGUACCUGGACAGAGUCGGGGAGGACGUCUCCCGGAUCCAGAGCGAGAGCAGCCGGUUGACCGCGGAAAACGCCCGGCUGCGCAGCGACUUCGGGGAGUGCAGUGCCAACCGCAGCGCCCUCCUCCUGGAGCACGGCAGGAGGGUCCAGGAGCUGCAGGCCAGGCACGACAACGAGGUGGAGCGCAUGCUGAAGGAGCAGGCCCGCCUGAGGGGGGAAAGGGAGCUCCAGGGACAGACGCUCAAGCUGAAGGACCUGGAAAUCGCCAGGCUGAACAACAAGGUGCAGAGCCUCAACGUCUCCCUGGCUGGCUGCAUCCCCAGGCCUCAGCCAGUACCUCCAUAUCCUGGUUAUAAACUGCCUGAUAACUCCUACCAGAAGUUCCAGGUUGACCUUCAAAAGAAUCUGCAGGAGCUGCAGCAGUUUGCAGACAAAGGCUCUAGUGUGUCUGGUUAAGGCUGUCAUCUACCGACUGAAGAAAGAAAAGGACUCCAGUGUCGGGGCUUCAAGCUUUACGCAUUUUUUUUUCUUUUAACCUUUUUAUUCAAAGAAAAAUAACGCAGAACGAGAAUUCAGCAUUUCUUGUUUGCACUGAGAGUCUUCUGUAAAUACAAGCCUUUAUCAUCAGGGACAUUCUGAUUGCUGUGUGUCCAAGUCCACCACUCACACAACGUGGUCUUGGUCUCCACCUCCAAGCAGUUUCAUCACUUUAUGAACAAUCUGGUGGAAAAGCUUUUGCUCUUUAACCAUCCUGGAGCAGGGUGAUCCAACAGUACUGAAAGACUGGUGCAGCAGCAUGUCUCUUUAAAGCACCAGAACCCAAAGAGCUGGGAGAAAUCUGUUAAUCAGUCUAAUCACGUCACUAACAUCAGAUUGACGCCAUUAAGUGCAGAGUUGGGAUGAAACCUGUAGAUGCACCAGUCCUCCAGAACUGGAGUUAAACUACCCUGACCUGAGUUUACUCCAUUGAUGCCUCCCAAUAAUUAUUAAUCACUUACAGCUCAGUGCUGGAACUCGCAAAAUAGGACAGUCACUAAAGACCCAGGAGUGACAAGUGAUAUCAUCCCUCAAACAGCCCAACAUCUUGUCUCCAUCUGUGCUUCACGAGGGCUGGAAACCAAGUCAGUGGUGUGUAGGGGACUGAGCUGGGCUUGGGCAGUCUCACCCUGCUUUCCUAAUGCACUCCAGCGUCCAGAAAAGUUUGUGUGAUAUUAACUAACACUCUAGAAUUCAAUGUAGAACUUUUUGGGCUUCAGUAUUUGAAAGCUUAUUCAAAUGGUAAAAACUGCUUUCCUUAGAAAGUUAAAAUAAUGAAGGGGUACUGUUGUGUAUGUUAGCAUAUAUGUACAUUUUCCCAAUGUAAAUUCCUGUUUUAUAAUAGUUUGUAAUUGAUUAAAACCUCUCCUCUAUCACUAGUUUAAUGAACAGUGAAAACAGCGAUGUACUGUUAUUUUACUUUUUGACAUGAUGUUUGACAACAAAAUAGCUAUUUGCACUAAUUCAUUCAAUCAUUAUUCCUUUCUUCAAAAUAGCUGGGUUUGGUUGCAUUGUACCACUGCAUUUAAUGCGAUGGGCUAUAAAAACUGCUUAUAUCUAAAUAAAUGUCUAAUUAAAAAAACA